UCGUCGAUCGUGACCAUUUCGGCAGAUCUUCCGCUCCGGGGUUUAACGUCAAAGGGUUUAUUGAGUACUGGCGAAGCGGAGUAGGAUAUGGCGCCUUCUGGACGCGGUUCACUGCUGGGGUGUGUUUGCUGCUUUGUGCUGAUGCUAGUCCUGGCGGAUGUGAUCGCUGCCCACGACCAUAUUAAAAUGCAAACAGACAUUCCAGAUAAUUUGAAGAAAGCUUUCUUCCGCAGAGGCGAUGUUGCGACGGGCAAAGAGGCCACAUUGGCCGAGACUAUUUUUUCUGAGUCAAGCAUCGAAGCAUUUGCACGCCGUGAACUGAACGAUUACGGUACAACCCCAGCGACAGCAAAUCCGAGGUCUAACUGCAGGCGGCGGAGGCCUUGCCGGCCUAGAUGAUGACUGAACUCCUCGUCGCCGAUGUUUUUCGCAUCUCGUUGCUGAUCAAACUACUGGGGUUGAGAAUCGAGGAGCCAAGCGCUUCUAUCAGUCAUUGAUCUGUGAGCUUGGAUGGCUAGCAUAGUCAUUUUUACAUUUCCGUGACUGUUACUGGCAAUCCACUUCUCGGUGUCCGACCGCUCUCAGGUCAGAGAUACCACCAUCUAGUUCGAUGCAGGACGAUGAAUCCAUAUGACUUCUGCUGCACAUAAAACUGAAUCGACUUGCAAUCUUGCCAAACCGUCUGAAGACAGAUCCAAGGGCCAACUGAUCCCGGCAUUUCGUAGAUUUUCGGACCCAUCCGAUUGCUCCAGAGUAGAUGAGGGAAUGUGCUAAACCUCCACCGAUGAAGGCAGUAGGUGGCGGAUUUUCUAGAUCGGCCAUGUACCAAGUUGCAUGAUAUUAUUACCGAGAAA